ACAGGCCUUGAUAUUGAGACAUGUCACAUUAUUGAGAUGGCAUGCCUUAUAACAGAUGAAAACUUGAACAUUGUGGCAGAGGUAAGCAGAUUCAAAUAUUAUUAUUAAAUUUAUGUAUUAAAUAUUGUUUGUCAUCAGAAGAAUAGGCUUGUUUUAUGCUGACAAAUAGUUGAAGUUGAUUCUUUGAUAAGCUGAUUUAAAUGCUGUGUGUGACUAGAAUCAAAGACAAAACUAGUUGAGACACUUUGCCCUAAAGGGUCUGACCUCUAAUAUUUUGCCAGCUUAAAAGAAAGGCAAAAUAAAGCUUUCCUUCCCCCACUACCCCUCCAUAUGCUUACAAUGUUGUUCUUCUGGUUGAGCUACUACUGUGUACCUGAAGUCACGGCACUGCAGCACAGGGUUGAAACAUUGUUUCAACAUGGUUUCAAAUGGUUACAACAUUGCUUCAACAUUGCAACGCUGUGUUGCACUAAAAAUCGAAUUGUCCUGUGUAACAUCAUCUUUAAUGGCACCACCUCAUUUUGGUGGGUGCUCCAUAUAUAUUUCCUUAAUUAUAUGCUGUUUGUAUUUUAAGGGUCCUGAUCUGGUGAUUCAUCAGCCAGAUUCUGCACUGGAGGCCAUGGAUGACUGGUGCACUAAACAACAUCGAGAGGUAUACAUACCCGAAAAUCAGAAAGAUAACCGUUGAAGUAACUAGAUUUAAAAUCAAAAUAGUUUGAAGUUAAGAUCAUGGAUUCAUUGUAGGAUUGUUGUCUGAAAACCCUUUUUCUGCAAAAAAAAGUUGGUUGUUUCUUGUAGUUUUAAAUAAAGGGAGCAGUUUCUGAGUUUAAAAACUCAGAAACUGCUCCCUUUAUUUAAAACUACAAGGAAUGCACAGAACAGAUUUUUCCCAGUCUUAAAACUACCACCCUCGUGUAAAAGUGCUGUUAAGUAGCAGGCAAAUUUCACUACAACACACUUCUUAUUGAUGGUAGACAUGCUGUAAUACAAAUUUGAUUCGUACUAUAAAACUGAUGAGGAAUGCUUUUCUAAUACAAAUUGAAGUGAGACUGCAAGGGGCAUCACUUCAAAUUUUGUAGGAAAAAAGGUAAUUCACAAUCACCAACUUGAUAAAGCCAGAGAGCCCAGAAUUUAGACUGAUGGAACAUACUCCCUCAACUUUGACUUUUAGUAUUUCUAAUAUAUUUUGGAAAAAUUUUAUAAGAUGAUAUACCCCAGACCCCUAUGUCAAUGCCCCUUCAGUGUGAUGGAAGAAGGGGACAAUUCAGGUCGUGCCCUCACUUCCCCUACCCACCCCUCCCUUACACCCUACAAGACAACAGGCUUCCCAAGGAUAAUAGUUAUGCAAAGUCACAGACCCCCCAGGCCAAACAUUUUCAUAGAUCUAAAUAUGUUAUUUAUUUUUGCUCACCAAGUCUGGUUUAACAGCUGCAGUUAAAGCUUCCAAAAUCAACCUAUUAAAAGCAGAAGACACUUUUCUGGAUUUUAUAAAGCAGCACACCUCUGCUAAAGAAUGUCCCCUGGCUGGAAACAGUGUGCAUGCUGAUAAAAAGUUCUUGGAUAAGUACAUGCCUCGAUUUAUGAAUCACCUUCAUUACAGAAUUGUGGAUGUUAGCUCAAUUAAAGAACUGUGCAGGUAAGUGAGUAGCCUAACAAGUUUUGUUGACAAUUUGACCUGAAAUCAGGUUGAAUUUUAGGAACACUCUUACAAUCCUAAUUUUACCAAGUUAAAUGAUCAUAAAGCAUGGCAAGUUUCUCUUGGAAUUGUCUAUAGAAAAUGUGUCACGUUAUUCCUUAACUAGGGGCUGUGUUAAAAAGUUUGAAAAGUGACAGGCUUUAGUUAGCAGACUUUCUAGUUUAGGGACGGACCAUUAAUAAAGUUAUUAGGGGGGUGGUUGGAGGAUUUUCGACCGAGUUUUUUUCUGAUAAUAUUUUCCUCGUAUGAAUUUUUUUAGGCCAGUGCAGGAAUAUUUUUUAGGGCUACUCGCCGUGCAUGAAAUUUUUUCAUAAGAUUUUCCCUUGGACGAAUAUCUUUUUUUGACUUUCUUGUUCUUUACCUACCUCCCACCAUAGCUUUUCUAAUGGUCCGCAAAUACGUUUCUGAGCCACGCACGUCAACCGGAAGUGGACCUUUUUUAAAAAUUCUUUGGUGGCGGUUUUGGCGAGAUUUUUCACAAAAUCGGCUCUUUAAGAAUAAAGACUCUUACCAAUACAAAUCAGGUAGCGUAAAAGUUUAUCAUAAGAGAAAAGGCCUCACUUCCCCUUGACGUGGGUCAGUCAUAAGUGCCUCUGCUUAAGCUCCCUUAUUUUGAUGGUAAAGCGCGUAUGGAAAUGAAAACCGUGGGGGAGGGGGAUUUAUUGACUGCUUGCACAGGGGAGGAGGGGGUAGUUGUGGGUUUUCUUUUUCUUGCAUCCCGCGCUCUCCAAACCCGUCUGGAAAAAAAGGAAAAAAAGUAAGUGCCUGUGAACAGGCUAAGGUAACACUUGGCCAAGGGCAAAAUUGCCAAAGUAAAUGACUCGACAAUGGCUUUUGUUAGAGAAGUUGCUCAUGGGGUGUUAAAAAGAAAAUCAAAAGAAACAGAAAAUAAAGCAGUCACAACAGAGAACACAUUGUUAAUCUAAUCAAGAGUGCAGAUUCACAUGUUGAAAGAAAUAGCCUGCGUUGUUGGCGGCUCUGUUUGUCGAGUGCCUGGGGGGGACUCCCAUAUGAAAGGGGCGGGGAUGCUCGUCGUGUGUAAAUUUCAGAUUUUAGUCUCACUUACGGUGUUCUGGGCAAAACACCAUUAUAUUUAGCCGUAAAGGUCUCUUUUAGGGUUGCGCUCGAAGAAAUAUUAAAAAUUAUACAUUUUCAAUUCGUUCUAUUCACUCGAUUCAUGUAAUCAAAGUUUUAAAUGAUUGCUUUUAGGGGUGAAAAAAGGGUAGGGCCACACCCAGAUUGGUCUCCUUUAGGGGUUUAAUUCAAAAUUUCCGACGAGCAUCCCCGCCCCUUUCAUAAUGGGAGUUCCCCCCUCCCCCCAUGGUCGAAAGCGCAAAUGAGCAACAAAACAGCGAGAAGAUUUUUUGGUCGGAAAAAGCUUCCCCGCUCUUUCCCACGCUCGCCAAACAAAACCGCCAGCAACGUGGGGUAAGAAAAGUUGACGAAGAUUUCUCCUUCGCAUUACUUUAGGAGAUGGUAUCCCGAGGUCUAUGAAGAGUUACCAUCAAAGAAAGGCCAACACAGGUAUGCCAAUUAUGUAUGCAUUAGUGUACAUUAUUACGAUUUCAUGGCAAAAUACACUCCGUAUCGCUGUUCAAUGUCAUUGUGGAUAAACAACUGGGGAUGACGACCCCGAGAAACAGCCGACUUUUCUCGACGCCAUCAGUGGUUUCCCUGCGAAAUGACGGGCGCCUUCCAUUCAUCCAAAACUUUCGAAAAUUUAGAAACAGCGGCAAAUGGUACAGAAAUGUCCCUGAAAAGUUUUCAGAAAUGCCGGAAACUGUUGGAUUUCCGAAAUGCGAACCAUUCAACCGAAAAUUCUAGAAAUCCCGGAAGCACACUUGAAUGGAAAGCAAACUCCCGGGAAAAAUUUUUGGAAAGUUUGGGUAUACCUCGCGAGGUUGUCCUCUUUUGUGGAAAUUUUGGAGAAUGCUUUGCCACUGACAUCUGGAAGUUGCUGAAAAUUUAAAGCGGACGUUUUGGUUGAACGGAAAGCGCCCAACUUCUGAGAAACGAGCACAGUAAUUGCUGUGCAUUCUGAUGACGUGUCACUGUCCAGAUCUGAAUAGCCGUGAUUGGUUGAAGCAAAAUUUUAACCAAUCAGAAGGAAGGAAACUCCCUCUCUUCCUCGUUAUUUUUUACCCGCCCACUGACUUCGCGCCACACCCUACUAUCUGAACGCCUGGAAAAGUCUAAUUUAUGGGUUUUAUUGGAACCGGUUUGUUAUCUCUGUAAGAAUUAUGGAUAAGGGUUACGCAAAAGUGCCGAAGAUCAUAUUUCGUGCUUGGGCAACCAGUGGUUGAAGCAAAGGGCCUUACUUCAAAUCACUUGAUGGGAUGCGCAUAUUUUUUACGGACAGAUGAUGCUUACCAUUUUUCAGGGCACUAGAGGACAUUAAGGAAAGCGUCAGUGAACUUCAGUUUUACAAGCAGACGAUAUUCAAGUAA